CCUGUGUCACGUGACGGGGGGGAAAUAGGGAGGCUCUUGUGUUUACAUCGAUGCAUUCAACAGCGGCCACUGCAGACCGUCUACACAUCAAUGUUUUGCUUUCAUUUCGUUGAAAACGAGCACAAACACCGGUACACACGGUAGUUACGACACCGUCCGAGCAUAAGGCUCUUGUGUGUUACAGAGCGCGCGCGUCUGCUGCAGCUGUGAUCAGUUGUGUAUUAGAUUACUGGAGACAUGGACGAGCUCGCGGUGGAAGUGCGAGGGGCGAGUGGAGCUUUCUACAAGGCUUAUAUUAAGGAUGUUCAGGAGAGUACAGUCACAGUGUCUUUUGAGAACAAUUGGCAGCCAGAACGUCAGAUUUCUUUCCAAGAUGUUCGGUUUCCACCUCCAACCGGCUUUCAGAAAGAGAUAAACGAGAGUGAUGAAGUGGAGGUUUACUCCAGGGCCAAUGAUAAGGAGCCUUGUGGAUGGUGGCUUGCCAAAGUUCGCAUGGUGAAAGGCGAGUUUUACGUGAUAGAAUACGCAGCCUGUGACGCAACGCUAAAUGAAAUCGUCACAUUAGAGAGGCUACGACCUGUGAACCCCAACAAAGCGGCGUCGAAGAACACCUUUCUCAAAAUCAGAUUAGAUGUUCCUGAAGACUUGAGACAGAUGUGCGCAAAAGACUCGGCACAUAAAGACUUCAAAAAAGCGAUCGGAGCCUUUAACGUCACUUAUGACUCGGAAGAAAAGCAGUUGGUUAUUUUGUCUGUUAAUGAGGUCACCUCAAAGCGAAUAGGCAUGUUGAGUGACAUGCACUUCAGGAGUCUGCGCACAAAGCUGACGCUGAUACUGAGGAAUGAGGAAGCAACCAGACAGCUGGAGAGCUCUCGGCAACUGGCUUCAAGGUUCCAUGAGCAGUUUGUGGUGCGUGAUGACCUCAUGGGAUUGGCCAUAGGCACCCAUGGGGCGAAUAUCCAGCAAGCCCGAAAGAUUCCUGGGGUCACAACCAUAGAUCUGGAUGAAGAGACCUGCACGUUUCACAUCUAUGGAGAGGACCAGGAAGCUGUACGGAAGGCCAGAAGCUACCUGGAAUUUUCUGAAGAUAUUAUCAAAGUUCCUAAGAAUUUAGUCGGAAAAGUCAUUGGCAAGAGUGGGAAGCUGAUUCAAGAGGUUGUGGAUAAAUCGGGAGUUGUCAGAGUUCGAGUGGAACCUGAAAACGACAAAAAGCCUUCUCCAUUAGAGGAGGGAAUGGUGCCGUUUGUGUUUGUUGGGACAAAGGAAAGCAUUUCAAAUGCACGUAUUCUGCUGGACUACCAUCUGAAUUAUCUAAAGGAGGUUGAUCAGCUGCGAAUGGAGAGACUGCAGAUCGACGAACAGCUCAGACAGAUUGGAGGAGGACCCAGAGCUCUGCCGGGACGACCUGAGAAGGAAAAACCCUUCAUGGCUGAUAAUGGAAUGGGACCAUCACGGGGAGGCAGCAAACCCUUCGGUCGUGGAGGGAGAGGGAGACGGGGCCCCACACUGGCCUCAGGCACCAAUUCUGAGGCCUCCAAUGCAUCCGAGACUGAAUCCGACCACAGAGAUGAGCUCAGCGACUGGUCCCUGGCCCCCACAGAUGAGGAGUCCAUGGGUUACCCCAAAAGGGCCCCUGAUGGACGCAAAAGGGGUGGGGGACCCCGGGGUCGUGGAGGGAGAGGAAGAGGAGGAGGAUACAAAACUGAAGAAAUGCACUGGAAUGAGUCCCGCUCUCGUAGUUCCAGAGACUCAAAGCUGAGACCCCAGGAAGACUCAUUGCAGAUCCGCAUCGACAGCAAUAACGAGAGGAGCGUCCACACCAGCCGAGGCUCUCAAGCUCUGGCAGGAGACAGUGGAGGGAACCGGCAGAGACCCAUAAAGGACCGAGUGAUAAAGAAAGAGAAGCAGGAUGUCCCCGACAGCCAAGCCGUUGUGAAUGGCGUUUCGUAGAGAAUAAAUCGCCCCCUUCCCCUCAUUGUCCCACUCAGCUCCACCGAUCCGAUGCUUCUUCAUUAGAGACACAUUAGGCCAAAGAGAACCAGGUCAGUAGGGCUGUCGCAAGACAUGACAUAAAGCACACUUUGUAAUUGAUAGUGGGGGUAAAAAGACGAGGUCUCUUGGUGUAUGGUGUGUGUGGAAUUUGGUAGUCUUCGUGGAUUAGAGAGACCGGUCUCUAGAUCACAACUGAAGCUACAGGUUUUCUAAUUGACUUUCUAAAUAACUACCUAUGAAACUUAAAGAAGCUGUGGAUUAAAUGUCUCUCAAAUGGAAUCGUGACUUAAAAAAAAAGAAAAAAAAGUUUUCCAAGCAAUUGGUUUUUAAAGUUUUUGUUUUCCACAAUGUCCAAUAAAGGGAAAGUAACACAUUGGAGGAUGAACUCAAGCGCUCGGGGGCACAAGUUUAUGCCACACCUCAUGGCAUACAUUGUUUUUACACGCUUUGGUGUCCGUGGUCACUCGAGCCCAUUCUGAUGUGAGAUCUUAGCCACAUUAUUAGCAAAAAAAAGAAAAAGAAAAAAAAAAUGGUAAACUAUGUAAACAACAAGAAAAAAUGCUCCUGUCUGGAUCUGUGCCUUCAACUAGUGUGGAUAGUAUCAUAAUUUGGUUGUUUAAAUCAGGGAAGAAGACGUGAACAACACCUGUCUGAGUGUUGAAAUCUCAGCCGACGACUAAAAAAAAAGGUGUUUUUUUUUCUGUGCUGCAUGUAAAUCAUGAACAUUUUGUAUGUCUGAAAAGCAGGAUUCUAUCAAGUCGGCCGAAUUAUAUUUCACCAUAGUAGUAAAGGUAUUAACCUAACGAACCUAGUCAACUGUGGAAGUCAUCAAUUGUAACCAACCACCCAGAGACGAAUAGCAACGCUAAUUCAGUGACGUAAGCAUCACCAAUUAUACAUUUUGAUAUCAUCUAGCAUAUCUUUGCAUUGUAGAACGAUUCCGAAUUUCUUUUCUAUAGAAGUAGCAAAGCAGGUUCCUUUAAAUAAAUGUCUUUGAUUUCUCUCAUUUUACCUUCCAUCAUAAGCGACACAAGGUGAUUUUCUUUUUUUUUCUCUGUGGGUGGAAACGCCCUUUUUUUUCUUUUCCGUUCACGCUGACCACAGUAAACUGCCAUCGUUCCUGCUGUAUUUUUCAGCAUCAGGUGUUUUAAGCACUUAUAUCAACUCUAUGUAACAUUGUCUUCGUCCUAACAACGGCUCAUCAUAGACUGAAAAAUGUUCAACUGGGGUUGCAUUCUGUAUAUUAUGUCAUCCGUUAAGAGAUUGUUGCUGUUCUUUUUAGAUUGAACUUUAAAUGUGCACUUAUCAUGUUUGUGUUACUCUGCAAGUACUUUAUAAUCUAUAAACCUAUAAUAAACUAGAAUGUGAUAAGACUUCCUCGGCAGGUGAAUCACAUGUAUGCUGUCAACAUAACUAAACGGAAGUUUAGAUAUCUUCGCUAAUUUUGAGUCUACUGUACUUUUUGCAGCUGAAUUCGCUUCGAGAGGGAGAAGAAGGGGGCGACACGAUGUUAACUUUGAUAUGAAAACCGUCUGUCUUAUCCGAUUAGUGCUUGUGCAUUAAACUUUAGUUUACAUUUUUAAGACGCGAUGCUGUUUCUUAACCCACGACUCUUUCGAAGCCUACUGUGACGGUAACCAUGGUAGUUUUUCUGCUUCUUCAUUUGACUGUACAGCAAGAAAACCGGUCGUUUGUUAUCCUCUUUGCUCUUUUUCCUCUACGUUUUCGACUUCUCUUUAUGCUCCUGUACUCUCGCUAGUCACCUUGGCAGAUUACCAGCUCUACCUGUUAAGCUUUUACACCAGUUUUAAAGUGAUUUGCCUGUGAAAGCGGAACGAAAGGCUUCGGAGACGUCAAAAGAACCUGUGACUGGCAGAGGAUUGCGGGUCGGGAAAGACGAACCACUCUUGAAAAAAAUCGAGGCGGCCCCUUUCGCGUGGCUCUUAAAUUUAGCCUUUACUUCAAAUUAAGGUGUUGAAUGGUUUACUCUCAGUAUUUUUAAAAACCUGCACGUCCACGGCGGGCAGUGAACUGGCAAGACGGCUCUGUUCCAAACAAACAAACAAAAUAAUAAUAAUAAUACUGUUCCGAAUCUUUGAAGUGUUGCCAAACAGACUGUUUUCUAGUUAUUUAUUUUUUGGAAUGUAUAUGAAAAUGACAAAUUGUAAAACCAUCUCUUGCACACAUCAUAGGCUAUUGUGAUUGAAAAAAAGAGCGGAAAAGAAAAACAAAACAACAAGAAAAAGAAAAAAAAAACAUGAAAUACUGUAGAUAAUGAACUGAGGUAGACUGACCUUGUAUGUUACUGCACUUUGGGUAAUAAUUUCUUUGUACAUAAUAGCAGAACAGACUGGGUUUUAUGUUGACAUUGUUUGGUUAUAGUGCAAUAUAUUUUGUAUGCAAGCAGUUUCAAUAAAUAAAGGUUGAUCUUCCUCUGCAA